AUGAUGUCAAGAACUGUGUCAUCCUGGAUCUUAAGCUCAGCAAGAAACAGCACUGUUUUACAAGGGAAAGGACGUUUGUACUCCAUCUGUGUCCCAAAUAGAAACAAGAUAAAAUGGAAGCUGAUUCUUUCCAAAACAUGUCCUUACCCUGCCGGAAGCUGCAUCUCAAGUGACACUUUCUCCUUAAAGAAAGCUUUCCGGCACACUUCCACUGAAGAAGAGCAUUUCUCUUUCCAGUUGUCUCCAUCACAAAUCAAUGAUAUACUCAGAGCAGGUGAAUUAUCCCAUAAGAUACUGGAUUUGGAUGGUAAAAAUGCAAAUUCAGUGUUGAGAUUUGAAAGUAACCAGUUGGCAUCCAACAGCCCCAUCGAGGACCGCCGAAGCGCAGCCACUUGCUUGCAGACGAGAGGGAUGAUGUUUGGCGUCUUCGAUGGGCACGCGGGCUCAGCGUGUGCUCAGGCAGUCAGCGAGAGGCUGCUCCACUACAUAGCAGUUUCCCUCAUGUCUCGGCAAACCUUGGAGGAGAUCGAGCUGGCUGUGGAGGGCAUGAAACCAGUUCUGCCCAUUCUGCAGUGGCACAAGCACCCAAAUGAUGUUGAGUAUCGGGAAAUCACUUCCCAAUAUUUUGAGAACCUCCGGGUUUACUGGCAGCAUUUGCUGGACCUAGACACCGAGCUGGGGUUUAGCUUAGAAGAAGCCAUGAUAUGUGCUUUCAAGAGGUUGGACUCAGACAUAUCACUGGAAGUUCAGGCUCCCCAGGAAAAUGAGUUGAUGAGAAAUAUUGCCCUCCAGGUAGCUUUCUCUGGUGCAACAGCCUGUGUAGCUCAUGUUGAUGGUGUCCACCUGCACGUCGCAAACACCGGUGACUGUAGAGCGAUUCUAGGGGUUCGUGAAGAAGACGGAACGUGGUCUACUCUGCCUCUAACCCGAGACCACAAUGCCUUUGAUGAAUUUGAGAUUAGGAGACUGAAGAGAGAACAUCCGAGAUCUGAGGAGAAAACUCUGUUUGUGAACGACAGGUUGCUGGGGAUUCUCAUGCCCUCCAGAGCUUUUGGAGAUGUGCAACUGAAGUGGAGUAAAGAGUUGCAACAUAGCGUUCUGGAGAACAGCUGCGAUGUGGAAGCUUUAAAUAUUUAUCAGUAUGUUCCUCCAAAUUACCACACACCCCCUUAUUUAACUGCAGAGCCUGAAGUCACAUACCACAAAUUAAGAAGCAAGGACAAGUUCCUAGUUAUUGCUACAGAUGGACUAUGGGAGAUGCUAAGUAAUGAGAAGGUUGUAGACCUUGUUGCUGGACACCUUACAGAGCUUAAUGUUCAGAAACCACAGCUGGCUUUUGAGAAACCAGUUAAUUUGGGUUAUAUGCACAGCUUGUUACUCCAGAGGAAAAACAGAGGCACUACCUCAUUGGACCAGAACAUAGCCACACAUCUAAUAAGGCAUGCAAUUGGGAGCAAUGAGUAUGGGGAGGCAGACCCAGAGAAACUUGCUGCAAUGCUGACGCUGCCUGAAGACCUUGCCAGGAUGUACAGAGAUGAUAUCACAGUGACUGUAGUAUAUUUUAAUUCUGAAAGCAUUGAAAAUUACUAUGGGAACAAUAAAUAGAGCC